AUGCCGCCGCGUCGCAGGCCGAACCUGGGCUGGCAAAAGAUCGAGACGAAGCGAAUCGAAAACCAGCAGGCCCGCCAGGUGACUUUCUCGAAGCGCCGUUUUGGGCUUUUUAAAAAGGCGAGCUCGCUCUCCGUCCUCUGCGGCGUGGAGCUCGCUGCCGUCAUCUUCUCGCCCGGCGGCAAGGCUUUCUCCUUCGGCAGCCCUUCCGUUGAUGCCGUCAUCAACCGCCUCAUCGCCACCUUCUUCGCCAACAACAACAAUGCCAACACUGCUCCUGCUGCUGCCGGCGGCGGAGGAGCUGGUUCGUCUUCUUCGGCUCCGGCGGCCACCGGCGGUGGACGAGGUUCGUCUUCAGCUCCAGCGGCGGAGGCGCUGGUGGAGCUGAACAAGGUGUAUGAAGAGCUAAGGGCGAUGAUGGAGGAGGAGAAGCGCCGCAAGGAGCGCGCGGAGGAGGAGAUGAAGAGGGAGCGCUCCAGGUGGCAGUACUGGAGGCCACGCAGAUUCGCUAACAGCGUCUAUGAGGUCGGCGGUUCUUCUGGCGGCAACAACAAUGGCGGAUUCGCUAACAACAUAUAUGAGGUCAGCGGUUCUUCCGGCGGCAACAACAAUGGUGGAUUCGCUAACAGUGUCUACGAGGUCGGCGGUUCUUCCGUCGGCAACAACAAUGGCGGAGCGGCGGCGAUGGAGGAGAUGAUGCAGCAGUUGUAUCUCAUGGGCCAGAUUCGUCCUCUGCCGCCUCCGGGAAUGGGCCAGAUUCCUCCACCACCUCCGGUGGGGAUGGGCCAGAUUCCACCGUUCCUGGAGACCAUGGACCUUCCGCCACCGCCGGGAAUGGGCCAGCUUUCUCCGUUCCCGGGGACCAUGUACCUUCCGCUGCCGGAAUUAGGCCCGGAUGGCGGCUUCUUCCUCCCUGGCGAUGGCUUCUUCGGCCCACCACCCUACUGA